GAUUUCUCGGCAGCGGCAACGGGUUCUAUGCACAGGCGGGACAGCCCUAGAGACUACUUUCAGUUUCUAGCAGAAAAGUGAAGCCCUUCGGAACAGGGUCUCCCUAAGACACUAAGGUGUCCAGGCUGGACUCAAAUUUGCACUCAUCCUGCCUCAGCCUCCCAGAAUGCUGUAAUUACAAGGUCUACCAUGAACCAAGAACAUCUACCAUGAACCAAGAAGCCAGGGCAGCUCCUCAUGGACCCAGACAGCCUCCAUCUGGGCAACAAGAACCUGUGUGGCUGGCUUGUGCGGCUGCUCAGCACAAAGCAGGAAUGGCUAAGAGCCAAGAUGAAGUUCUUCCUACCUGACGUGGAUCUGGCCUCCAGCGAUGAGGUGCCGGACCUUGAGCAGAGGGUCAUCCUGCGGCUGAGAGAGCUGCAGGCCCAAGGACCAACUAUCUGGCAGUCAUUCAUCCACUGCGUGUGCAUGGAGCUAGAGGUGCCUCUGGAUGUGGAGGUGCCACUGCUGAGCACUUGGGGCCAGGAUGAUGAGUUUGCAAGGCUGCUGGAAACCGGAGAUGAGAGUCAGUCUGGAUCUCAGCUCCACCAUGGCCUCAAGCGUCCCUGUCAGAGCUGUGAGUCCUCGCCCCGCCAGAAGCACUGCAGGAAACAUCGGCUAGAGUUGGCCCAGAACUACCUGAAGCUCCUGAGAACCUCUGCCCUGACGCACUAUGGUGAUGGACUCUCUGGGCCAGGGAAGAUCUAUGUUCCCCCAAUCCUGCAGUGGAGCCGGGCCACUGUGUCCUUAGACACUCAGGGGGGUGCCAUUACGGGGGACCCCAAGAUAGAAGAUGGCAGUGAUGUGAGCAUCCAGGACCUCUUCAACUUCAAGACCCCUAAAAGCUCGCGAGUGACAGUUCUCUUGGGGAAGGCAGGCAUGGGCAAGACCACUCUGGCCCGGUGGCUUAGCCACAAGUGGGCUGAUGGGCAUCUGGACAACUUCCAGGCCCUAUUUCUUUUUGAAUUCCGCCAACUCAACUUGAUCACACAUUUCUUGACAUUGCCUCAGCUCCUUUUUGAUCUGUAUUUGAGACCAGAAUCAGGCCCCGAUGUUGUUUUCCAGUACCUGGAAGAAAAUGCCAACCAAGUCCUGCUGAUAUUUGAUGGGCUGGAUGAGGCCCUCUACCCCUGUUCCAGCAUGGAGACUGUGGGGCCCAAUGACACCGGUCUGGCCCUUACCCUCUUCUCCAGCCUCUGCCGUGGGACCCUCCUGCCAGGUUGCUGGGUGAUGGCCACCUCUCGACCUGGGAAGCUGCCCGCCUGCCUGCCUACGGAGGCGGCCAUGGUCCACAUGUGGGGCUUUGACCAGCUGCGGGUGGAGGAGUAUGUGAAUCACUACUUCAGUGACCAGCCAUCUCAGGAGGUGGCCCUCACAGAAUUGCUGGCAAACAGACAUCUCCGGAGCAUGUGUGUGGUGCCAGCACUGUGCCACUUGGCCUGCCUCUGCCUGCACCAUCUGCUCCCUGCAAGCCUCCCAGACCAGUCUGUAGCCUCCCUCCUGCCCACCAUGACCCAGCUCUACAUGCAGAUGCUCCUUACCUGCAGCCCACUUCCUGCCAAACUCCUGGUAGGCCUCGGAGAGGUAGCCCUGAGUGGCCUGGAGACCGGGAAAGUCAUCUUCUAUGAUAGUGACAUCCCCCAACCCGUGAUGGCCUUCGGUGCUACCCACCACCUCCUGACCUCCUUCUGUGUCUGCACAGGCCCUGGGCACCAGGAAACAGGUUAUGCCUUUGUCCACUUCAGCCUGCAGGAAUUUUUCGCUGCCAUAUACCUGAUGACCAGUCCCAUAGUGGACAAGGACAUUCUUGCCCGCCAUGUCAUCCUCAAUUCCCCCUGGGUGCUGCGGACCAAAGCUAGACUGGGCCUCACAGAUCACCUCCCCACCUUCCUGGCAGGGCUGGCAUCCUAUACCUGCCGUCCUUUCCUCAGCCAGGUGGCCCAGCAGGAUGAGACCUGGGUGGGCACCAGGCAGGCUGCUGUUGUACAGCUGCUGAGAAAGUUAGCCACCCGUAAACUCAAGGGACCAAAAGUGGUACAGCUGUGUCACUGUGUGGCCGAGACUCAGGAACCUGAACUGGCUGGUCUCACUGCCCAGAGUCUCCCCUACCAACUGCCCUUCCACAAUUUUCCACUGACUUACGCAGACCUGGCUGCCUUGACCAGUGUUCUGGAGCACAGGGCUACCCCCAUCCAACUGGAGUUUGAAGGCUGCCCGCUGGAGCCGCACUGCCCUGAGGCUCUGGUAGGCUGUACGCAAGUGGAGACUCUCAGCUUUAAGAGCAGAAAGUGUGGGGACACCUUUGCAGAAGUCCUCUCCAGGAGCUUGCCAACCAUGGGAAGCCUGAAGAAGCUGGGGUUAGCAGGAAGUAAGAUCACUGCCCGAGGCAUCAGCCACCUGGUGCAGGCUUUGUCCCUCUGCCCACAGCUGGAAGAGCUCAGUUUGCAGGACAACCAGCUCAAGGACCAGGAGGUGCUGAGCGUUGUGGAGAUAAUGCCCAGCCUGCCUCGGCUCCAGAAGCUUGACCUGAGCCACAGCAGCUUCUCCAUAUCAAGCCUAUUCUACCUGGUGAAGGUGGCAGUCACAUGUCCUACUGUCCAGACCCUGCAGGUCAGGGAGGCAGACCUCGUCUUCCUUCUUUCCCCGUCCACAGAGACAGCUGAGGAUCUACAAAGAGCUCCAGACCUACCAGAAAAAGACAGCCAGAGGAAAGAGUCCCAGAGCAGAACCCUGGUCCUCAGGCUCCAGAAAUGUCAGCUCAGGGUCCACCACGCGGAGGUCCUCGUAGAGCUGCUCCGGGAAGUCCCUCGGCUGGAGGAAGUGGACCUCUCAGGGAACCAGCUGGAAGAUGAAGGUUGUCGAGUCCUGGUGGAAGCUGCGUCCCAUCUGCACAUCACCGGGAAGCUGGACCUCAGCGACAACCACCUCUCUGUGGAUGGGGUGUCCUGUGUGCUAAGGGCUGUGAACUCAUGCGAGAGCCUAGCAGAGCUGCAUAUCAGCCUGCUGCAGAAGACGGUGGUGCUUAUGUUUGCCCAAGAGGCAGAUGAGCGGCAGGGGACCCAGGAGAGGGCUGCAUUUCUUGAUGAUCUCACAUCCUCGACAGACUCUGAGCCACCCCGAGGGAUCAGGCUGACACAUUGCGGUUUCUUGGCCAAGCACCUAGAAGAACUCUGUAAGGCACUGGAAGGAAGCCACCACCUUGCCCGCCACGGUCACCUCGACUUCUCAGGCAACGCUCUAAGGGACGAAGGGACCGCACUGCUGGCCCAGCUGCUCCCAGGGCUGGGGCCCCUGCAGUCCUUGAACCUCAGUGAGAAUGACUUAUCCCUGGAUGCCGUGUUCCAUUUGGCCCAGUGCCUGUCCACUCUGCAGUGGGUUUGCCACUUAGAGGUCAGCUUUGAGAGCCAGCACAUCCUCCUGAGAGGUGACAAGAGAGGCAGGGACAAACUGACCGGUGGAUGUUUGCCAGAAUUCCCAGCAGGAGCCCAGCUAUCGAGAUUCCAUCAGCACUGCAUCCCCAGGAGCUUCUGCCUCAAGGAAUGUCAGCUGCAGCCACCUAGCCUUAUCCGCCUCUGCACAGCGCUGGAGAAAUGUCCAGGGCCACUAGAAGUCCAUGUUGUUCCUUGGUUUCUGGCUCCAUCUGAACCAACCUUUCCACCCUAACCAACAGGACGAUCGCGCUGACCCCCUGAUGUCCUUCCUGUACUGUUCUCCAUGUUUGGACACGUGACUGGAGAGACAGGGUUUUUUACAUUGUUCGAAAGAUGAAGGAUCUUACCAUGCAAGAUCUCCCUGCUGCUAGCUUUUGUUUCAGAACUGUAGAAUGUGAUUUCCCUGAAGAUCAGGCUAUAUGGGCCUGAUAUUAUUUUUUUAUUUUUCAUGAAGUUGCCCAAACUGACUUUAAAUUUUCAACUGUCCUGCCUCAGCCUCCCAAGUGGCUGCUAUUACGUGCAUGCACCACGCUCAGCUCUGAUUCAUUUUUUAAAAACAAGUUACCUUAGAUUAGUUUUAUUUAGAAAAAUUGGAAACAUUUUCCCUUUUGUCAGUACCUUACGUUGCAUUUGUCAUAAGGGAAAAACCAGCCUAGCUACAUGACUAACUUCCCCUUUGCUGACCUUGCACGAACACCUGUUCUGCCUCCGAUCCAGAGUCCCGCCUGCCACCCCACACUGCACUUAGACCUCAUCCUCCUUAGUCUCUUCUGGUCGCUGAUGGUUUCUCAUUCUUCCUUUGCUUUUCAUGUCCUUAAAUGUUUGAGGAGCUUCAGUCAGAUAUUUUGCAAGCUGUCCCUUGGUUAAGGCUUGUCUGGUUAAAGUGGGUUUUGGGUUUGGGGAACAACACUGCAGAGGCCAAGUGCCUUUCUCGGCGCAUCUUAGCAGGGCUGCAUCCUGAUAGUGACCUGCAUCUCUUGCCAAGGCUGAGCUGAGUUCCCUCUGUAGAGCUACUUUUUAAUUUAAACAGCACUUUUAUUAUGAAGGCUUUUAAGUAUAUAUAAAAGUAAUGAGAAUAGUGAGUCCAAUGAGAAAAGGACAUUCAGAUGCCCUCCACCUGCCUCAGUAGGUAUCAUGUCAUAACCCUACACACAUGCACACACACACACACACACACACACACACACACACACACACACACUGUGAGAGAUUUUUAUUUAUUUUCAGUAUUGCUGAUUGAACCCAGGACCUUCACAAUGAGCUGUAUCUCCAUUUCUUUUUAAAAUUUUGAGACAGGGUCCCACUAAAUCACUUACUCAUCCAGGCUGGGCUUGAACUUGCAGUCCUCGUGCCUCAGCCCAGUACAAGUGCUGGGCUUACAAGCUUGUGCCGCUGUGACUGGCUACUUUGAGUUGUUUUGAAGCAGUUCCCAGAUACCUCAUAAUUUUGUCUGUAAAUAUUUCAGUAUGCAUAGCAAUAAGUGCUCUGUAUUUUUAACAUAACCACAAAAUCAUUAGCAGACCUAAAAUAUUAACAAUGAUUCCUUAAAAUUAUCAAAUAUCCAUCAAUAUUUAAUUGUCCCUGAUUCUCUCUUGUGUGUGUUUUACACACUGUGGGCUUUUGCCCAUCCACAGAGUGGGUGGGUGUGCUGCACCUGACACCCCCCACCCUGCUGCACCCCGCCCAGGGCAUUUAGGCUGCCCUGCAGUGCUCGAAAGAGCUCUUCCUUAUUUAACUGUUAAGCAACUACUGUACCCCACAUCCUGGGCCAGGUGUGGAGAGACACGGGAUGACAGGAUGCUUUGGGACAGAGCUCACCUCUGGCAGUGGGGGCCUGGUGUAGAAAGCCUGCAGGCAAAGCUGGGUGGUCUGAGCACCCUUGGGUCUCAGCUGUGACUGGGAGAAGUGGGAGAAUGAUUACAGAAGCUCUUUGCCGGCUGUAGAGUGCCGUGACCACUCGUCAUCAGUAAGCUUCAAGGUACUUACCACUGAAGUGCUGCUCGUGGCUCACUGGCUCCUGGUAUGUUUCCAGGGAAGCCAAGGAGGUUGGUUCAGCUCCUGGCAGCUCCUGUUUGCCUCAGUUCCUCUUGGUGCACUGUGUGGGGUGAUGCUUGAGUAAAGUUUCCAUUUUUUUAAAGCCUGUAAACCCUCUUUUUAGCCAAACAGAGGUCACAGCACUAUGUAUUUGGGGAUCAGGUGGGAAGCCCCAUGCCCAGAGGUGUUAUGGAAAAACCAGCCUUGCUGAAGACUGCAGGUGUGGCUUUUCUUAGGCCUUUGCUCCAGCUUGGAGGCUGAAAGGACAGAGCCAAGCCUGCAGCUGGGCCCUGGCAGAGUUGCCACCUUGGACUUCUGCUCCAGAACCAUAAGCUGCUCCUCCCACUCCACCCUCCCCCACACUGAAACUGGAAUCCUUCGCCCCGCUCCCUUCCCAAUCAACCAGUGCAGAUAGAUGAGCCGGAAGCUGGGAGCCGCAGUGUGGAGAACAGGAAAAGGAAACAGGAAAGAAGGGCAGCAAAGGGCAAAGGAGAAGGCAGAAGGAGCCCAUCCCCAAGGCUCUGAGUGCAGGAAAUGGCUCCUGUCCCCCCCCCCGGGGGGGGCAUUGUUUGUAAACCCCAGAUCCUCAGAGCAGAGACACAAGGCAGGCGUCCAGUUUCCCUCUGUCCCCAGGGUUCUGUUGAAUGACCCCAUGAGUGACAAACUGGUGGGUCGGCUUUGAUGGCCACAUUUUUCCCAUGCUGAGUCUCUGCUCACUUGGUCAUCCCUCUGGAUGAAAAUGACAUUUUUACACUAGAUAUUGAACCCAAGACCUCCACACUGAGCCACAUUCCAGUCCUUUUUUAAAAUUUAUUUUUGAAAUAGAGUCUCUCUAAGUCACUGAGUUGCCUAGGUUGGGUUCAGACUUGCAAGCCUCUUCUGUCAGCCCCCCAGAGGGCUAGAGUUACAGACUCAUACCACCAUGGCUGGCUUCUUUUCUUAAUGAAUGUGUUCCAAAGAGCAUUAAUCUUCAUCAGUAAUAAUCCUGCUCAUCCAUUUAGUUGGGGAAACAGUCUACUAUAGCCCCUUGGAAAUUCGUAGCAUGCAACAGCCUACUCAAGCCUCAGAGAAGUUCUGCAGAACAGAAAAUGAUGUCAUUUCUCGAGACCCAGUCUUUUCCUGGACUUCCCCUUUUCUCAGCCCCAUGAUUAACUCAAGGGCCCGGUGUUUCAGGCAGCACUGGCUUGGUCCUAUCUCCAAGAGGCUCUGGCUGUGAGGCAGCCACUCUGUUUUUCUGGAAGAUCCCCCAUGUCUUCCACUG